CCGUCGAGCAUGGAGGCGCUGCUCAAGCAAGCGCGGGCAUCCGGUCAGUUGAAUCUGGCCAAUCGACAGCUGGAGGCCGUGCCGGAUCAGGUGUGGCGCAUCAACCUUGACGCUCCAGCGCAGGCGGGUGCCGUGUCCUUUGACAGUGAGGAUCGAUGGUGGGAGCAAGUCGGCUUGGCUCGCCUUAUUCUGAGCUGUAAUCAACUCACUACGCUCCCGGAGCAGCUCGAGCUCCUUCCCGACCUCACGCUGCUUGACGCGCAUGACAACAAAAUCACUGUCAUCUCCGAGCGGCUCGGCCAGCUCGCACAGCUCAAGGCUUUGAACUUGGGCCAGAAUUGCCUUGAGAACCUGCCGCAAUCCCUCUAUCAUUUGCCGGCGCUCCAAAGUUUGAAGCUGGACAACAAUGCCCUCCGUAGCCUCGCCCCCGCACUCAGACAGCUGAGCGAGCUGCGUGAACUGGACGCGAGUCACAACCGCCUGGUUGAGCUCCCCGAGAGCCUGUGCGACUUGCCGCAUCUAGCUCGACUUCGCCUGGGCCACAAUCAGCUGGAGAGCCUACCGGCCCCUUUCGGUCAGCUUGAGGCUCUUCAAGAGCUGGAUAUCGUGCAUAAUCGCUUGACUAGCUUGCCUACCAAACUGGGUAGCUUGAGCCACAUUACCCGUCUCGAUGUGCGCUACAACGCCCUGCAACGCCUGCCGAGCCUGGCCAGUAUGACCCAACUCAAGGAACUGCUAGUUGGAUACAAUCAAAUUCACACACUCGGUGAUUUGGGUGCCCUUCUACCCGCUGGUCUCGUCCUUUUGGAUGUUCGGGACAACAAGAUUGCCGAUAUCCCGGCCACGAUUGCUGCUCUUCGGCAGCUCGAGCGCCUCGAGUUGUCCAAUAAUGACAUUAGCUCGCUGCCCCCAGAGCUAGGUCUUGUGCGUUCCAUCAAGGCCAUCUCUUUGGAUGGUAACCCGCUACGCUCGCUGCGGCGUGAUAUUGUACGCCGAGGCACUCUUGCCAUCCUUGAACACCUCCGGUCGCGCUUACCAGAAACUGCCGAGGUGGAGCCCGAAGCACAGCAAUAUGCGGAACAGGUUGCACAGCGCGAGCGUCAGACUGACUUGGCACAAACCGGAGCCCUUAAUCUCUCCAAUCAGGGACUCGAUCACGUACCCAGUGACAUCUUUCAGGAAGCCGUUGAACAAGGCACUCUGCAGAAGAACAAGCUGCUUCAUCUUCCAGCGCAAGUCGACCAGCUCAGCAGCACAUUGACGCACCUUGAUCUUGGGUUCAAUCGUCUCAGCACGCUCUCCAGCGCCAUCGGGCUUUUGCCUCGACUUGUGUCGCUCGAGCUUGAAGGCAAUGCCCUCACCUCGUUGCCAGAAGAGUUGGCCCUCUUGAGUGAGCUUCAAGAUCUGGGUUUGGGUCACAAUCGCUUUACAGCUCUGCCCGAUGUGGUGCGCCACCUGCGUGCUCUUCAGAACCUCAUGCUCAACGACAAUCAAGUGUCCACCGUCGAUCCAGACGUCUUGUUGGCCUGUCCCAUGUUGCGUUGUGUUGAUCUGCACAACAAUGCCAUCCAGCAAGUCCCUCCUCGCUUGGGGCUGCUCAACCUUCACACGCUCAAACUCGAAGGCAAUCUGUUUCGCAUGCCCCGUCAGACCAUUCUUGACAAGGGCACUGGCGCCGUCCUCGAGUAUCUCAAGAGUCGCAUCACUGCAUAA